GUUGCUGAGGUGCUGCUCAAUCCUCUUGGUGAAGACGACGACGAUUUUGAAUGCAAUUACAUAUUGGACCGUAAUCUGCAGGUCGGACUCAACGUCGUCGACAAAGCCUACGACACCUUCCCAGAGAUGGUUCGUGAUGAUUUCUGGGAGGACAGCUUACCCGAACCGCUCUACACAGCCGAAAGCGCUCAAAGACCAAUCAAUCCACAAGUCGGAAGCUGUGUUGAUAUGUAUGUCCAUCCGGAACUUUCUAGCUGUAAUUUUAAUUAUGACAUAAGUCACUAA